AUGAACAGAGGAAUCGAGGUUAUGUCACCAGCAACGUACUUAGAGACAUCGAACUGGCUCUUCCAAGAGAACAGAGGAACCAAAUGGACAGCUGAAGAAAACAAGAAAUUCGAAAACGCUUUAGCGUUUUACGACAAAGAUACUCCCGACAGAUGGCACAAAGUCGCCGCCAUGCUUCCCGGAAAAACCAUCGGAGAUGUGAUCAAACAGUACAGAGAGCUCGAAGAAGAUGUCAGCGACAUCGAAGCCGGUCUUAUCCCAAUCCCUGGUUACGCCUCCGAUUCAUUCACGCUCGAUUGGGGAGGCUACGAUGCCGGAAACAACGGGUUUAACAUGAACGGAUAUUACUUCGCCGCCGCCGGAGGAAAGAGAGGAUCCGCCGCACGAGCGGCGGAGCAUGAAAGGAAGAAAGGUGUUCCAUGGACAGAAGAAGAACACAGACAGUUUCUGAUGGGUCUCAAGAAAUAUGGAAAAGGCGAUUGGAGAAACAUAGCUCGCAACUUCGUGACCACACGGACGCCGACGCAAGUUGCAAGUCACGCUCAGAAGUAUUUCAUAAGGCAAGUCAACGGCGGCAAAGACAAACGCCGAUCAAGCAUCCACGAUAUCACCACCGUCAACAUCCCUGACUCUCCUGAUGCCGCUGUCGCAGAUACCGCAACCGCAAACGCACCAUGCUCACCGCCUUCACUAGGGGGAAGUCAGAGGGAGGCGUCGGAUCAGUGGGAAGGUCAACCGCUCUAUGAUGAAACAGCGGCUGCAUUUUACAGUCAAAACGCGUUUCAAGAAACGCUCCUUGGAAUGUCCUCAACGCCGUACAUGGCAAAACUGCAGGAGCAGAGUUUUCUAAACGCAUCGCAAUUCGAAUCGUACAAUGCGUAUCUCCAAAUGUAG